AUGGUUCUCCAAACUCAGAGGUGCCCUGGAGCCGCCGUCCAACACCACCAUGGUCCUACCUGCCAACAGCAAAGCUAUUCAACAUACCAAGAGACCGGCGGCAGAAUCCAGGAUGGUGGCUACACCAACUUCUCAACCAUAACCGGGCCCACGCCUCCAUACUCAAACUAUUCUCAGGUGUCAACUUACUCAUCGGAAAAUUCUCAGCACCACCAGUCCGGUGGUGGCUACCAUGGAUACAGUGCCGCCCAGUACUGUGGUGGUGGUGUGGUUGCUAGUGGACAGCCACAUACCGGAAGAUAUGAAACUUCUUACCAUGGGAAUGGGAAUGGCCCCACUUAUGGUUACCAAAAACAAUCUUGGACUAUCAAGGAUCUUGAUGACUGA